CGGCACUUCCAGCUGCGUGUGGACUCGCCAAGUGUCGGCUGCUGCUGCGUGAUGGUGUUUACCUCAGUGGCGCAAUGACACGUUUCACCACCGUGCAAUGAAACACAGCUGAACAUUUCAAGAAACAGACAAGUUUGUACUUGCACAACAGUUCCUCUCGUCGUUUUUUUUUUCGUAAUGUGUUUUCAACUUCUGCAUCCUCCAAAUGUUGAACCCCCCCCCCCUUCCCCCCGGGAUCUCCGCUUCAGACGGGUCGCAGUUUGCACACGGCUGCGUGGGUUAUUUGCACCCAUUGUUUUGUAAGAUGGGUGCAAAUAUUUGCAACUAUCAAACCAUUUCCCUCUGCGAGUGGAGAAACAACAACGCUUCAACGAGAUAAGACCAGAUCUGAAUCUGUGAAACCUUUUCUUUUCCCACUGGAGUUCCUUUUCUACUGGAAAUUACUGUUUGAUAUUCACCUCAGUGAUGUUCCACAGCAAGGAUCCAGAGAGACUUCAGCUGCUGACAGAACAGAACCAGGCGUACACUCUCCCAAGAAGUGUGCCAAACCAUGAAGAACUGCAGAAAGAUGGCACUGGGGCUGUCAAGCAUUGCCAUGAUAACAGCUAUGCUCAGGAGGACCGAGAGACGGAGAAAAAAGUUGCCAGGAGGAGGUUGUACGUUGUUUCAUUCGUCUGCUUGCUUUUCAUGAUAGGCGAGAUUGUCGGUGGUUAUUUGGCAGGAAGCCUUGCAGUGAUGACAGAUGCUGCUCACCUUCUGACCGACCUAACCAGCUUUGUCAUUAGCUUGUUUUCACUCUGGCUUUCCUCAAAACCUGCCUCUCAAAAGCUCAGUUAUGGCUGGCAUCGUGCAGAAAUCUUGGGUGCUCUGCUGUCAGUCUUUACCAUUUGGCUGGUCACAGGAGUGUUGGUUUAUCUCGCUGUAGAGCGCCUCGUCAAUGAUGACUACACCAUCGAGGGCCAUGUGAUGCUAAUUACCUCAGGCUGUGCAGUAGUGGCCAACAUUAUAAUGGCCUUAACUCUUCACCAGUCGGGUCACGGUCACAGCCAUGGCGGGCUCACUUCACAUGGGCACGGACACAGUCACAGUCCUAAGGGAGAAAAAGAAAAGAAUCACAUCUCUUCAAAUGAUGAGUGCAAAGACAUGGAGGAAAAUCAUGCAGGUCAUGGCAAGAGGGCUCAGCAGGCGAAUGCGAGUGUGCGAGCAGCUUUUGUGCAUGUGAUGGGAGACCUUCUCCAAAGUGUUAGCGUGCUCGUCAGUGCCAUCAUUAUCUUCGUCAAGCCGCAAUAUAAAAUAGCAGAUCCGAUCUGCACCUUCUUGUUCUCCAUUUUGGUCUUAUGCACCACCUUCACCAUCAUGAAAGACAUCCUUCUUGUUCUAAUGGAGGGUACUCCGUCGGGGGUGAAGUACAGUGAGGUGCGAGACCAUUUGUUAGCUGUGAAGGGAGUUAAAGCAGUCCACAACCUUCAUAUCUGGGUCCUCACCAUGAAUCAGCCAGUACUCUCUGCACACAUAGCUAUAGAUGAUUCAGUUGAUGCCCAGACUGUCCUGAGGGAAAUGACCCAGGCCUGUUUCUCUUCCUAUAACUUCCACUCCGUUACAUUUCAAAUGGAGCGGCAGGCUGACCUGAAGCCUGGAUGUAAACUGUGUGAAAAUCCUAAAAAGUAAAAACCUGAUGUGUCUCGUUCCCAUCAAUGCUAGGACAGCCUCUUCAUGAAUGUGGUGAUAUCGGGGCUCUGAAGGGUUUUCUUUCCCUGCCGCAUCUCAAACAAAUUUGCGUUAUUGUAUUGGAAGUGCCCUUUGUCCGAUAAAAUGUUGGUAUUUCAUGACAAUGAGGAUGGCACAAGUUGUAAAGGAUUUUUGGGGAAAUAAAUCUUUUGACUUUUUUCAAAAAAGUCCAUGUA